UUUUCCUUUGCAAAUAAUCUACUCUAUCAAGAUCUCCACUAACAUUCUCUCUCUAAAUUCUUACUCUCCCUCUCUAAAUUCUCUCUCCCUGCCUCUUAUCCAAGCGUCGCGGCGUGCACGGAUAAGAGGCAAUUCCAGCGCUUAAUUUUGAACUUCGAAGAGAGAGAAGAAAUCAGGAAACCAAAGACUGAUAUCUCUCUUUCUCUCUGUUGCUGCUGUGCCUUGCUAGAGUACAGUCUUUCAUGACCUUCUCUCUCUACCCAUGGACGGCCCCCCCACCAUGAAAGAAGAACCAGAAGAAACCCUAAACCCAUUCCAAAAACACAUUGAAAGCAUAGGAAAACCAGACGCCAUUGAAGAAGCUCCAGCCCAAGAAGAAGAAGGGCGGCCCCUCUCAUUCCAGGAACCGGAAACCAAACAGGAACCAGAAGAAGAGAGAGCUUCGGCAAAGGAGGAGGAAACAGAGAAGGAAGUGAGGGAUUCAGAAGAGGAAGAGAGAGAAACCGAGAAAGGGCCCGGAGAACCAGUAGAAACCAACGUCAAUGAAGAAUCACAACCAGUUGUACCAGAACCAACUCCAUUGGAGGAAGAAGAUGAAGAAGAAGAGGAUUUAGGGCCCCAUGCUUCAUCAGACAUUCAAAAGAACAUCACCCAAAAGAGGAAAUCUCUCUCUUCGAUUGAUUCAAGCUUCAAAACUGAACCUGCAAAAAGGUCCAAGAAGCGAAACAAUGUGUGGGCCAAAUCAAGCUCUAGAAAGGGAGGAAAGAAGGGGAAAACCAAUGGAAAUUUAGCAGAUGACACAGCUUACAUAACCCCAGUUCCUCGAUUCCCCGAUAAAAUUGACGAUUCUCGUGACUUGAAAAUCUGUUUAUCAAAGAUUUACAAAGCUGAGAAAGUCGAAUUGAGUGAGGACCGGUUGACUGCAAGCAGUUGCAAAGGCUACAGAAUGGUUAGGGCAACGAGGGGGGUCCUCGAAGGGGCCUGGUAUUUUGAAAUUAGGGUUUUGAAGCUUGGGGAGAGUGGGCACACAAGGUUGGGGUGGUCAACUGAGAAAGGGGAUUUACAGGCACCAGUUGGUUAUGAUGGGAAUAGCUUUGCUUACAGGGAUUUAGAGGGAAGCAAAGUUCACAAGGCUCUGAGAGAGGUUUAUGGGGAAGAGUAUAAAGAGGGAGAUGUUAUUGGGUUCUAUAUAAAUUUGCCUGAUGGUGGUCUUUAUGCUCCAAAGCCUCCUCAUUUGGUUUGGUAUAAAGGGCAGAGGUAUGCUUAUGCUGUUGACCCCAAGGAUGACCCCCCAAAAGUGAUACCUGGGAGUGAGGUGACCUUUUUUAAGAAUGGAAUAUGUCAAGGUGUUGCUUAUAGAGACAUUAAUGGAGGAAGAUAUUAUCCUGCAGCCUCAAUGUACACUCUCCCUAACAACCCCAAUUGCUCUGUGAGAUUUAAUUUUGGCCCAGAUUUUGAGUGUUUUCCUCAAGAUUUUGGUGGUCGUCCAAUUCCAAGGCAUAUGAUCGAAGCACCUUACCAUGGAUUCGAUGUGGAAGCUCUAGAAAAGGAACCUGUUAACGAAAACGGCCAUUCUGAGAAAAGAAGCUAGAAAAGUAAAUUUUAUUUUCUUACUUUUUAAUUUAUGUUUCUUUCAGAUAGUGGGUGCAAUUUUUUCAAACUCGAAAUUGAUUCAAGUUCUUGGAGAACAUUCAUUCCAUAGAAAAAGAUGGGUUGUGUGUGUUUGAGCUCAC